UACAGCUUUUUAAUCGUGUUGGGCAAGCUAGGUCCACUUCCUCAACUAUCACCCAUCUUUUUCCUCACCUCUUUUUGAAACGAAUACUAUAAUUGCUUCAUACUUUUACCACCCCUGUUCACACAAAUAUAUAUUUAGCAUUGGUCAUUUGGCUCGUUUCUUAAAAAGAAGUUGAUGAGCUUGUGAAUUAACAUGGUUGUGGCUAUGGAUGAACAACAUCAACACCAACACCAACUAUCAAAGCCAUCAUCAUCAUCGUCGUUAUCGUUGUCGUCGCCGUCGAUCGAAAUAAGAGGAGAUGAAGAUCUAGGAGAAAGAGCAAAGAGAGAGGAAGAUGAAGAUCAAGUGAUUCUUGAUUCACAAGAGAGAGCAAAAGAAAAGGCAAAAGCACAUCUCACUUUCUUGGGGAGGCAUAGAUUGUCUGCAUCCAUAUCUUAUCUCAAUAACCAAAUCAACAUCAUUCAGGAAGAGCUGAAUGAACUAGAGACAGUAGGUCAAUCCUCCAUUUUGUGCAAAGAACUUCUUUCAAGCCUUGAAAACAUUCCAGAUCCACUGCUUCCCAUGACCAAAGGUCCGGCAGAUGUCAACUGGGAUCGUUGGUUCCGAGGAGUCCACAACUCCCGAGGCCAUAAACGCUGGAUCUGAGGAUACACAUUGGUGUCGUUUAGUUCUAUUUGGACAGCCAAAGAGUGAUUCAAUCAAUGUUCGCUUUACUUUCAACAACCAUUUUGGUUUCAUAUACGAUUACAGAUAAAGAAUGAACAAUCAAGAGCUAUUCUCCCGUUUUACUGUAAUUGAUUUCACAUCCACUGAUGAUUGAUGGGUUUAGCUUGACGUUGUAAUAAAUAAUAGCUCGGGUAAUAAACUGUGUUUUUUUUUACUACUUUUCAUUUGGGGGUGAGCAGAUUCAAACUCUAGACCUCAACAACAGAGAUAGGGGCAUAAAU